AUGGCGCUUUUCAUAACAGACCGAAGCAUUUCGCGGACGUACAUUUGGGUAUGGAUCAUUCGCUGCAUAGCGCUUGUCAUCACACUCGCCGUCAUCGGUGUGACCGCCGACCUCGCUGGCACACUCAUGGGUCUCGAAUGCAAAUCCACUCCUAAGUUUAGCUUCAAUAUUGCAGCCGGCGCGCUCGCCCUCAUUUUGAGCAUCUAUUCCAUCCUCUCCACCGGCCCGGCGAAAUUCCUUCGAUUCAUCCCCUAUUCAGUGAUCCUCCAACUGGUCUUCGACCUCUUUAUCUUCGUUCUCUUCAUCGCCGCCGCCGCCACCUCCCCAGUGACGCCCCUGGACCUCUGCAAAGCAUGCGCCGCUCUAACCCCCGAUUACGUCUACCUCGACACAGCCUCCGCUGCGUGCGCAUACGGCUCCGACUACGACUACACCUACACCGACGACGGCUCCUCCUACAACGGAAAACGCAGCCUCUUCAAGCGCAAGGGCGGCAGUGGCAGAUCCAAGAGCAAGUACUCGAGCUCUGACAACACGAGCGGCGGUCUCAUCCCCGCCCGCAUUGCCCUGAAUGCGCUCAUGCCCGAGAAGCACGAAGAAGCUGGCCUCGCUCAACCGCCACCUGCACCUGCCUACCAAUACAACCAGGGAUACCCACAACAGCAGCAGCAGCAGCCACCGCCGCCCCCACAGCAAGAUUACAGUUACCAGCCGUACUCAAUGACCGGGCCGCCACAGAACAAUGCGAUCGUGGGCGGUGCGCAAUACGGCCCGCCGAGGAGUGUGAGCCCCGGGAUGCCGAGCCCGAUGUAUUCGGAGAAUCCUAGCCAGGUGGGUGCGCAGCAGGGGCACCAGCAUCAGGGGCAGGGUGAAAAAGGAACGCCAAGUCCCAGCGAUCCGAGGAUAGAGGUCGCGGAGUUGCACUCCCCGGACCUGGGAGAGCAAAAGAGGAAGACGGCUAUUGAGAAGGCUUAA